UCCGUCUCACCAAUCCUGCAGAGAUGAAGUACUUGGUGUUUGUGCUCCUGGUGGCUGCCGCUUGCGCUUCUGAGGUGGAGAAGCGAGAGGCGGAGCCAAGUCGUGCCUUAAGCUAUGGCCACGGUGUCCACCACCACGCCUACUACCCCCGCACCUACUACCACCCCUAUCACACCUACCACAAGAGGUCUGCUGAGCCUGAGGCCGAAGCCGAUCCUUCUUACGGUUCGUACCACUACCGUCCCUAUGGCUACCACAACACUCCUCACGUCCACCACCACUACAAGAGGUCUGCUGAGCCUGAGGCCGAAGCAGAGCCCUCUUACGGCUCCUCCAACUACUACCGCCCACACCACUACAUUCCCUCCGUCCACCACCACCACAAGAGGUCCGCCGAUCCUGAGGCCGAAGCCGAGCCCUCCUACGGCUCCUCCAACUACUACCGCCCACACCACUACAUUCCCUCCGUCCACCACCACCACAAGAGGUCCGCUGAACCCGUUGCUGAGGCUGAAGCCAGUUACGGCUACAGGUCGUACCAACCUGUCUACCACCACUCGUACCAAUACACUCCCUAUACUCACACCCACUACAAGAGAUCUGCCGAGCCAGAAGCUGAUCCUAGUUUUAUCCAUGGUCACCACCAGUCCGUGUACCGUCCCUCCCAUACCGGAGCUCACCAUGGUUACGGCUACCACCACUAGGGCACUGAGUGUUAAUUUGCCCUCAAUCCUAUA